AUGGCCAAUUGGCAUGAUUCAAGUGAAGCUACCUACCUGCUGCCUCCACUCAGGGAAGACUGGGAGGGGCACGGCAUCCCUGACUUUGUGUACAGGCAGGAGGACCUGCUGGCAGGAGAGAUCCAGUGGCCCAGGAAUUCACCUGCGGUUCUAGGGGCCCUGCCACUUUCUCGCUUUGACUCUGCCGUCUGCACUGCCUGGAGACAGCGGAUGGAGCUGGGCCUCUUCCGUUACUGCCUAGGGAACCUGCAGACUCAAAUCCUCCCUGGUGCUGUGGGUUUUGUGGCUCAGCUGAAUGUGGAGCGAGGGGUGCAGAGAAGACGCCCCCAGAGCAUCAGGAGUAUGAGGCAGGCAUUCGAUCCGAAAGAAUUUAACUUCACCAAAAUCCAGCAGGGAGAAACCCUCUUCCGCUUGCGCCGGGAGCCUGACCUGCCAGGUGCUCCUGGGCAAGAAGACAUCCUCGUGAUGAUCAAUGUGAGCCCCUUGGAGUGGGGCCAUGUGCUGCUGGUGCCCGAGCCGGCCCGGGAGCUGCCUCAGCGCCUCCUGCCAGGCGCACUGCGUGCCGGGGUGGAGGCCGUGCUGCUGAGCCGACACCCAGGCUUCCGCGUUGGCUUCAACAGCCUGGGCGGCUUGGCCUCGGUGAACCACCUGCACCUACAUGGUUACUACCUGACCCACAGACUGCCCGUGGAGGGAGCGCCGAGCAAGCGCCUGGACCCUGGGGGUCGGCUGCAUCUGCUCCAGGCUCUCCCAGCCCCUGGCUUCCUUUUUUACACCUGUAGCGCAGGACCUGAAUUGGAAGCCUUGGUAAGCAGGGUGUGUCGGGCCACUGACUACCUGACUGACCAUGAUAUUGCACAUAACCUCUUUGUGACCCGGGGAGCCCAGGCUGGAAAGGCAUCACCUUCCUCAGCCCUCACUGGGGUCCGAGUGAUUCUCUGGGCCCGGAAGUCUAGCUUUGGGGUUAAGGAAGGUGAGGCUUUCAAUGUUGCCCUCUGUGAGCUAGCCGGGCACCUUCCAAUUAAAACAUCCCAGGACUUCAGCAGCCUGACAGAGGCAGCUGCUCUGACCCUUAUUGAGGACUGUCUUCUGCCUCCAGCCCAGGUGGAAGAGGUCCAGGCAGCACUGGUGGCCCUGGUGACCCAGGAGGAGCAGGACUCCUUCUCCAGGUAG